AUGAAGAAGGGUGGUUUUAGCAAUAACCUCAAGCUCUCAAUUCCGCCAGCUGGCGAGCAAUCAAUCACCAAAUUCCUGACUCAGAGCGGUACGUUUAAGGAUGGAGAUCUACGAGUUAACAAGGACGGAGUUCGAAUCGUUUCUCAAUCGGAGCCUGAAGUUCUGUCUCCAAUUAAGCCAGCGGAUGAUGAGCUGAGCUUGUCGGAUUUGGACAUGGUUAAAGUCAUUGGGAAAGGAAGCAGUGGUGUUGUACAGUUGGUUCAACACAAAUGGACCGGCCAGUUUUUCGCCUUGAAGGUCAUUCAAUUGAAUAUCGAUGAAGCAAUUCGCAAGGCAAUUGCACAAGAGCUGAAGAUAAAUCAGUCGUCGCAAUGUCCAUAUCUUGUCAACUCGUACCAUUCAUUUUAUGAUAAUGGCGCGAUCUCACUAAUCUUGGAGUACAUGGACGGAGGAUCUCUAGAAGACUUUCUCAAAUCAGUUAAAAUCAUCCCUGAGUCCUAUCUUUCUGCCAUCUUUAAACAAGUGCUUCAGGGACUGAUCUAUCUUCAUCACGAUAGGCAUAUCAUCCACCGUGACUUGAAACCAUCUAAUCUGUUGAUCAACCACAGAGGAGAGGUCAAAAUCACAGACUUUGGUGUGAGUACCGUCAUGACAAACACAGCAGGUUUAGCAAACACGUUUGUCGGGACUUACAAUUAUAUGUCUCCAGAGAGAAUCGUUGGAAACAAGUACGGUAAUAAAAGCGAUAUAUGGAGCUUGGGUUUAGUAGUGCUUCAAUGCGCAACAGGGAAGUUCCCUUAUUUACCUCCAGAUCAAGAGGAAACAUGGAGCAGUGUUUUCGAGUUGAUGGAAGCCAUCGUUGACCAACCACCACCGGCUCUUCCUUCAGAUAGUUUCUCCCCUGAGUUAUCUUCAUUCAUCUCCACAUGUUUGCAAAAGGACCCGAACAGUCGAAGCUCUGCAAAAGAACUAAUGGAACAUCCUUUCUUGAACAAAUACAACAACUCGGAGAUCAACCUCGCGUCCUACUUUACAGAUGCAGGAUCGCCGCUUGCAACGCUUGGGAAUAUUUCCGGUACGUUCUCCGUUUAA